GAAAGUGUGUCUGAGUGACAGCAGAGCUGCAGUCCAGACAAGUCUCUCUGUUUCUCUCUAAAGAAACUUUCAACUGAAUCCAUCAGGUUUUUCUCAACAAAACAGCAGAAUCUCUGCCAAACCCUGAGUGUGGAUAUGUCUGCUGCCAGCUGUCUGCUGACUGAAGAUCAGUUUCUGUGCUCCAUCUGUCUGGAUGUGUUCACUGAUCCAGUCAGCACAUCAUGUGGACACAACUUCUGUAAAACCUGCAUCACUGAACACUGGAAUAUUAAUGUCCCGUGUCAGUGUCCCAACUGUAAAGAGGUUUUCUACACAAAACCUGAGCUGCAGGUCAACACUUUCAUCUCUGAGAUGGCUGCUCAGUUCAGACAGUCAGCUCAACAGAAAGCCAGCAGCAGCAGCUCAGAGCAACAAGCUGCCAAACCAGGAGAAGUUCCCUGUGACGUCUGCACUGGAACCAAAGUGAAGGCCCUGAAGUCCUGCCUGGUGUGUCUGGCCUCCUACUGUGUGACUCACCUGGAGCCUCAUCUGACAGCUUCACGCCUGAAAAGACAUCAGCUGAUCGACCCUGUGGAGAACCUGGAAGGCAGGAUGUGUAAGAAGCACAAUAAACUGCUGGAGCUGUUCUGUAAGACCGACCAGAUGUGUGUCUGCAUGCCCUGCAUAUAUUCAGACCACAAGACACAUGAUGUUGUUCCUCUGAAAGAAGAAUAUGAAGGAAAGAAGGCCGAGCUGGGGAAGACAGAGGCUGAAACUCAGCAGAUGAUCCAGAAGAGACGACUGAAGAUUCAGGAGAUCAAACGCUCAGUGGAGCUCAGUAAGGUUUAUGCAGACAGAGAGAUAGCAGGUGGUGUUCAGGUCUUCAGCGCUCUGAAGGAGUCUGUUGAGAGAAGCCAGGCCGAGUUCAUCGACACGAUCAAAGAGAAGCAGAGAGAGACAGAGAAACAGGCUGAAGGCUUCAUCAAAGAGCUGGAACAGGAAAUCUCUGAGCUGAAGAAGAGAAGCUCUGAGGUGGAGCAGCUCUCACGCUCUGAAGACCACCUCCACCUCCUCCAAAGACUCCUGUCCCUGAACGCUGCUCCACCCACCAAGGACUGGACAAAAGUCAGCGUUUGUCCACCUUCACAUGAGGGGACUGUGAGGAGAGCUGUGAAUCAGCUGGAGGAGACGCUCAGUAAACUGAUGAAGAAGCUGCUGCAGGCCGAGCUGAAGAGGGUCCAGCAGUAUGCAGUGGAUGUGACACUCGAUCCUGAUAUUGUACAUCCCAGACCUGCACAGUCUAAUGAUAAACAACAGGCAAAUCAAGGUAGUGACUGCAGAUGUGUCUUAUCAAAGCAGGGUUUCACUUCGGGAAAAUUUUACUUCGCUGUUCAUGUUAAAAAGUGGUCUACGUGGACUUUAGGAGUGGCCAUAAAGUUGGCCAACAUGAAAGAAAAAAUCACACUGAGCGCCACUAAUGGUUACUGGACUGUAUGCCAUAAGUGGCGUGGUGGGUUCUUUGCUCCUGCAGACCCUUCAAUCUGUUUCUCUCCGAAGUCUCAGCCUGAGAAGGUGGGGGUGUUUGUGGAUUAUGAGGAGGGUCUGGUCUCCUUUUAUGACGUUGAUGCUGCAGCUCAUAUCUACUCCUUUACUGGCUGCCGCUUCACUGAGAAACUCUACCCGUACUUUAGUCCCUGUCCGAAUGAUGGUGGUAAAAUCCACAACACUGAUUUGUGUGUAGUGCAAUGAGUGCUUUUUUUUUUUUACUAUUAAGUAGAAACUGCCUUCAAAACGGCCAAAGCUGUACAAAAAUGUAAUGAAAAGGUGAAGCUUUUGCCAAAGUCAUUAUAAGCCUAGGUGGUAAUUCAAAACCUUGAUGGAUGUAUGUAGGAUGUAGUGUUUUGUUACAUGCUUUUCUUCUUUUCUUUUAAUAAAUAAAACCAAAUCUUGGAUGUUUGUAGGUCAGAAGACCUUACGUAUAUAAGAACUAGCGGCUGUUAUCAAUGCUAAACUACAAAACAACCUCGAACAGCAGAUGUUGUUUGUAAUGUUUCGACAACCAACUCAUACCAAAUGAGCCAAAAGCUGCUCCACCCACCAAGGACUGGACAGAAGUCAGCGUCCGUCCACCUUCAUAUGAGGGGACUGUGGGGAGAGCUGUGAAUCAGCUGGAGGAGACGCUCAGUAAACAGAUGGAGGAGAUGUUUGAGCUGAAGAGGGUCCAGCAGUAUGCAGUGGAUGUGACACUCGAUCCUGAUACAACACAUCCCUGGCUCAUCUUCUGAUGAUGGAAAACAAGUAAACUGUGGUGAUAAUGAAUACAAAGCUCUUGCUGUAUAUUUGUUGCUGAUGUACGGUAUAUAACUUUAAUGAACAAGACUAAACCAUCAGAAUACAAUGUCAUCAGGAAUAAGAACAUUUGCAUGCUUUUCUCGGUUUUUCUUUUUAAAUAAACAAAAGCCUGAUUAAGUUA